ACUCACGUAUUAAAAAUACUUGCCUAUUUGAUGUUUCCUCAGAAAGAAUGCAUAGGAGUUUAACAUUGUCAGAAAUAGUUUCGUCGACUUUGUCAAGUAAUAAAAAUGAUAUAGUUGUUGAUAAUGAAUUUUCCAGAGAUAAGUUUUUUACUAAUAUUGGAAUUGGUUUGAUUGAGUUUUUCUUCUCAUCAUUACUGUUAUGCUAUGGAAUAAUUUUCGCUGAAAAUGUAGGAAUUGGAACAUAUAACGUGAAGGGUGGCCUGUGGACAACUAUAUUAUACAUUUCAACAUACCAAAUUAUUGCUCCUUGGUCCAAACGCUUAGUUGGUGAAUGGUAUGAAGUACACGAAAACAGAAAUAUAAUAUUCAGAUGUAUUGUAUUCAUACUUACGUGUCUAUUGAUCUUAGGUGUGAUGUUCUCUGGGUUUCCUGUAUUUUAUGGAAUUUGUGGAGGACUAACACACAGCAUGGUAUCAACUCAGCUGACGUUUAUAGCGAUGAGGAAAUUCAAAAUGGAUGAGAGAAAAAUCGAACGUAAUUUACAACCAGCGAAGGCCAUCUCUUUGUUGAUUUUACCUCAUGUCAUGUUAGUCCUAGUAGAUAAUUAUACUAUCGCUCAGAGUUUCCUGAUAUAUGCAGCGUUUCUUCUCAACAUUAUACCGGCUAGUUGGAUAAUAAGAUACAAUCAAGAUUCUGAUGAUUUAGUAGAUUAUCCAGAUAUGUCUCGCUACCAAACUCUUUCAGUAUUAACACGUCAAAUGGCAGAAAUGAAAGAAUUCUCAAAAUCUCCUCAAUCGCCUCUUUUUCAAACCAGCACUUCCGAUUCCUCAUCGGUAGAAGCCGAAGAAGAAGCAAUCGUGAAUGAAAAUGACAUUCCUGAAAAUGACACUCCUGAAAAUGACGCGGAGACACCCCGAUUCAUCAUAGGCGCUGAUGUUGACGAUAAAGGAGACGCUGAGCUUAACGAUGAUGGUGAACACUUGACGACAAUCAAACAACUGACGCAUCAGACCGUCGAUUUCUAUUACAGCAAUAUGGGAGUGAACAUUUUACCAGGGAUACCCGAAGAGCCAGAAAUAGAGACAGAAAAAGAUUCAGAUAGCUCAAAAAGGAAUACGAUAGACCCGAAAAGGUUGAGCAGGAUAAGUGCAGCUUUGGAAGAGUUGAACCAAAAAGACAAUACAGAGAAGGAAGUUGUGGAAAAACCACUUUUAGUUACGACUAUCAUAGUUGAAACUCCUGUAGUGGAGGUAACCAGGAAAAUUGAGGAACUAGCUACAGAUUUGAAAGAAUUGAAUCAUGAUAGAGAUGGAGGAAACACAACUGCGGAGGAAGGAAUAAUUGUGACUGAUGUUUUGGUCAAAAUGCCUCCUACAGAUAUCGUUGAAAAUAUCAAAAGUAUCGAGUAUAUUCAUGACACUAAUUCAAAUAAUAGAAGGAAACCGUUCAGGGAUUUACGCGACUAUUCCAAAUUUAAUUGCUGCAAGUGUUCCCCAUAUAAUAUUUACAUAUGGAAGCAUAGAUUCAGAAGUACCAGAUACUUUCUAACUCACUUAUUCCAACCGCUCUACUAUUCGUUGACAGAUCUUCAUUUUUACCCUACGUUAGUGUCUAAAGUAGCUAUCCUUCUUAAUUCAACCAUUUUCUUCACUCUGGCGCCCCAUCUCUUUCUCAAGAAGAACAGUGACUACAAGAAGGAAGCCACGGCAUUUUUGUUAUCCUAUAUGGCGUUCUCUUGGUGCAUAUUUUUGGUAUUUUUGCCAUUGGUGGUGACUUUUUCCAAAGUGAGGAUGAGAUACACGUUCAGUAUUGGUCUGUUAGUCAAUGCAUUCAGUAUGUUACUACUCUCCAAACGGAAAAUGAGCAAUGACCUCAUAACUUGGUUUUGCCUCCUUUUUGGAUUUGGAUUCGGUAUGAUCAACUUUUCUCAAAAUUUGGUCUACAAAUCUUUUCUUGACCAAAGGAAACCAGAAGCCAGCCAAGCAGCCCUGGACAUCUUUUCUGGUUUUGCUGUGAUAUUAGCGUAUUAUUUUAUUUCUAUUAGUGAGUUGGAUAUAGUUAGGAUAUUUCCGAUAGUGUCUUUCUAUGCCUAUGUGAUAAUGGCAGGUUUUUGGACAAUUUUGAGUUGGUCUAAAAUAUGUAUAAAGAAAAUGAAGAAAAAUAUUCUAGUUUAACAUUUUGGAUCAACUGUGACGAAAUAUAUGUUGCUAUUUUUC